AUGCUUACAGGACUUCCUGUUGUACAGGUUAUGCACGUACCCCGCGGCACUCCCGAUUUCGAGGAGAAGAGGACUAAGUUGCUUGAAGCCUUUGCGGCAAAGGUUCCCGAUGAGCUUCGGUUGCCUUUGGAGGUUAUACAGAACCCUCCACGAGAUGUCUCCAUGAUACCAACAACGUGUGGCAUUUUAUCGCCUGAGGAGAUCACCAUCACUGAGGAUUAUGAUUCUGUCGGCCUGGUUGAAGCAAUUGCAAGUCGAAAGUACACUGCAGUGGCCAUUGCACAAGCAUUCUGCAAGCGCUCCAUCAUUGCGCAUCAGCUCACAUGCUGUCUGACACAAUGGUUCAUGGACGAGGCCAUCGAACAAGCUCAGAAGCUCGAUGCAUAUUUCGAAACACACGGAGAACCAGUCGGCCCCUUGCAUGGUUUGCCCAUUAGCAUUAAAGAUCAUAUCCAAGUUGCCGGGACCUCUUCCUCUCAGGGUUGUUUCGCCAGCAUCAGCGACGACCACCAAGACGCCGAUAUCGUAUCAAUCUUGCGUGCCCAAGGUGCCAUCAUUUACUGCAAAACCAACCGGCCCCAAUCCCUGAUGCAUCUUGAGAGUGAUUCCCACUGGGGAAGAGUCUUGAACCCUUUCAACAUUCAGCUGUCUGCUGGUGGUUCGACAGGAGGUGAAUCUGCGUUGAUUGCCAUGAAAGGCUCGGUUCUUGGGAUUGGAACUGACAUUGGCGGGAGCAUUCGUGGCCCAUCUGCGUUUUGUGGCAUCUAUGGCUUCAAAACCACAUCGAAUGUCUUGCCGACAAGGGGGCACAUCAAAGGCGCUCCGCCUCCGGCCGUGUUGAACAUCCCUCUGUCGACGGGCCCAAUGUGCCGUUCAUUGAGAGACAUGGACCUAUUCAUGAGAUGUGUCCUUUCUUCAAAACCUUAUCUUUCGGACCCCAACAUCAUUCCUCUUCCAUGGACUGGUCUGAACACUCAAUUCAAUCGACGCCUUAGAGUAGGCAUCAUCAGCAACGAUAACUUCAUCGAGCCCCAACCCCCAGUAAAGAGAGCCAUUUCCUGGGCCAAAAUCCUUCUAUACGACAGCAAAUUCGCAAAUCUCAUCGAAGUAAAAGAGUUCAAAGUCUUCGGCGCAGAAGAAGCAUGGAACCAAGUCCGAAGACUCUACUGGCCCGACGGCGGCCAUCUCACCAAAAACGGCAUAAUCUCUUCCGGAGAACCUCUUCACCCUCUUACAGACUGGAUCUACAAAGACGCAGAACCCCUAGGCAUGCACACCGCCGUAGAUCUUACAGCCGUCCACAAAGAGCGAGACGAUUUCCGACUUGCUUUUGCCAAAAGCUGGAGUGACCAAGAUGUGGAUGUCAUUAUCGGCCCGUCGUUCGUAGGGCCAGCUUGUACGCACGACACGGCUUUCUACUGGACAUACACCUCGCUGUACAACCUUGUCGACUACCCGGGAGCGGUUAUUCCCACGCCAAUUAGGGCUGAAUCUGGGGAAGUUUACGAUACGGGUUAUGUUCCGCUAAGCGAUGCUUGUCGACAUGUUAGGGAUUUGUGGGAGGAGGGUGAUUUUGGGGGUGCGCCUGUCAAUCUGCAGGUGGUGGCGAGGCGGUAUCACGACAAUGAGCUCUUUGAGGCGCUGCGCGUGCUGAAGGACGUAUUGAACUUGUCUUAA